GGCAGUUCUGGGUUGUUUUGUUCAGUGUAGCUGAACAUCAAAGAUCACUUCAAAGUUCAAGACUGUGCUUGCUGCAGCUCCAUUUUAAAUAAGCCACACGCACGAGCACGCACGGAUGCGCGCAUAGUUAAAACAUCUGCCUGUGCAUACUUGGAUUUGCUUCAGCGGGAGGGGCAAUUGUUUCUGCCGCGAGUGGGCUCCGUCUGUAGACUCCGAUCCUCACACACGGCACCGAGGACGCAGGGAAGGAAAACCUAAAAAGCGAAUCCACUCGUGGGGUAAAGAUGCCACGCAAGAAACGGGGCCACGGGCACCACGCACACCCCGAGGACGCGGACCAAUCGCAGCCUAGCCGGGCCACACCCAAACCGGCAGCUCAGGCCUCCGCUGUGAAACCUGCACUGUUCGAGACUAACACUACGCUGGCGGGUGCUACUGUUAUGGACAUGUCGUCAGCUGGGGCUACCGUUGUUGACAUGACAUCAGCUGGGGCGAGGGGCGGUCUCAAAGAGUCAAAGACUCCUGCGGUCUACCAAGUCAAAGCCUCAGCCCCAGUUCCUCCUCCUCCUGCUGCCGGAGUAGCUGUCACUGCUGUGACCAGACCGAAAGAGUCCCCCAAAGGCCCGGCCAAGAGUGCCGCUUCCACCACUACAGUCAAAGCUGAUGUGCAUAAAGUUGACCCCGCUAAAAGCGCAAAGCCAGUUGCCGUGGCUGCGGGUGGAUAUGUGUCUGUGGAGGGGAAGAGAGACGCUAACCCGACACAAACAAAGGUUCAGGUGGAGGUUCCUCCUGCUGCAGCUAAAGGAGUCAAAGAGGUGGAUCCAUUCGAUGCCCUCGCCGACAUACUACCCUCAGCUAAGGAUGUCGCACCCACACGACCUGUGUACACGGGGCCGGAGGUCACAGAGCGUAACAUCACCUUCAAGGACGAUCCAAAGCUUGGAGUAAGAGACAGCACGCUGCCCCCAGGCUACAGGUUUGAAAAUAUGCCUCCAGUUCCUGCAGAUGUUAAGCCUAAAGACCUCCCUAAGCCAAUGAGCACGGGCGAGGCUCUGGAUUCGCUUUCAGAUGCAUUCAUGACUUCACCUGUUCCCGCUGCACCCAAAACGCAAGAGAAAAAGGGAAAUGUUGACAUCGUCAGUGUCAAAUCAGCUGGCCCUGCCAACUUUGCUCCACCUCCCGUAAAGAAAUCUCAAACCCCUGCGGAAGUUCUCCCGGUUUCUGUGUGUCCUCCAGCUGAUAAAAAAGCAAAGAUGGAGCAAGUGCCUGGUGAUUUCUCCUUGAAGUCUGGACUGGACACCAAAGUUGACACCAAGCCCAAGACUGAUGUGGGUGACUCCAUGUCUCUGGAUGCUCUCAGUGCUCUUGUUGACACGUUGCCAGAAGACAUGCCGAAACCUGAACUCCCCAAACUCCGACCUGAAGACAUCGUCUCGGAGGGAAAACACAAGAAGGAAAAGGGUGUCCUCGUAGGAGAGAGGGAGGACACACUUCCCCCAAAAUACAGGUUUAAUAAGGAUGAACUAAAGAACCUGCCUGCUCCAGAACGUGUGCCCUCCAUCGAUACUGGUGAAGCUCUGGACUUUUUGUCUGGAGAUUUCACGAUGCCGUCGUCGGCUCCUGCUGUCAAGUGUUCUGUCCCCAACUCCUCAGCGCCUCCUGCACAGCCCUCUGCAGACUUCACUCUGAAUGCCUUGGCAGCAGAAUUUGUUUCGUCCUCUGCCGCACCGACAGUGAAGUCCAAUCCGUGUGCUCCCACACAAACUGCACCUGAGCUGCACGCUGGAGCAGGCAGUCCCCUGGAUGCCCUGGAUGCCCUGUCCAACACCUUGGAGGAUAUUGCCCCCGCCCCUCAGCCCACACCACCUCCCACCAAAGACAUUGUCAAGGAGAAGGAAGUCGUUGAAGAGAGGCUUAUUAAAAGCGGGGAGAGAGAUGACUCACUGCCACCAGAGUAUCGACCCACCGAGGAAGACCGUAAGAAAGCGGCAGAAGCCAAGGCAAAAGCAGCUGCAGCACCCAAGAAGAAGACUAUGGAUGAUAAAACAGCCUUGGACCUGCUGUCCACUGACUUCUCUGCUGCUCCCAAGCCCGCUGCAUCAUCUGCACCGCCUGCCUCAUCUGCACCGCCUGCAUCCGCUGCUGCACCCAAGCCCGCUGCAUCAUCUGCACCGCCUGCAUCCGCUGCUGCACCCAAGCCCGCUGCAUCAUCUGCACCGCCUGCAUCAUCUGCUGUCACAACAAAGCUGGAAUCUCCUGUGCUGGACUCACAGCCCUUGAAGCCGAUGUCUGGUCCCGUCCUUGACUCCCUGUCUGACACCCUCCUCCCGAACUCCCCCGAGUUCAAAUCGAAGUCAGACAAACCGAAGGGCAAGAGCAAGUCAAAGUCUAAAAAAUCCCACGCAGAGGAUCCAUCUGCCGCUGAGCCGCUACCAGCUCGGCCGAGCUCAGAUGUUGUGCCAAAAUCUACAAAGAAGGGAGGCAGGAGCUAGACCCUCUGGUUGUCAGCGCACUUUGUCCUCCCGACCACAGGAAUGCUGCACCGACGGAGCUGCUUUCUGGAUAAUGAUUCUAUUUUUGUUUUGUUUUUAGAAAUUGUCACAAGCUAGUCAAGCCCGUAACACACAGACACCUGCAUCUGCAUGCGGUGCCUUUUUUUUCUUUUUAGCUCGGUUUCACAUGUAUUGGAUGAAAAGGUUUUGGUUUCAGUCUAUGGAGAAAAUAAAAUUUAAAAAAUUAAAAAGAAGGUGGAGAAUGAGUGAAAAGGGGGGAGACGAAGGUGAGAGGGUAAGUUUGUUUGUUGGCUCGUGUUUUGAGGAUGCCGAGCGGAGGGGAGGGGCUGCUCUUCAUAGUCCUGCGUGUACAUCUCAGAUGAGUUUUUCCUGUGACACAAUAACACAACGUGCUGCCUUUCUAAGGCUGGCGGCGGCGUGACGUUGGUGGGAGCAGCGGUAACCGUCAGCUUUCAUGUAAGCAGUAAAAGUGGGUGUAUAGUAUCGGGAUGUUUGUGCAAUCUAGAUGUUCGCAGAGAAGCCAAGUUUUCUAUCAUGAUGUGGUCAAAUGCCAUUAAGACACUAGUGUACAGCUUACUUUGCUUGUAUUUUGGAAAAAAUAGAGUUUACACAAUUAAAUGUUUGGAGGAUUUCCACAAGGUGUACCGCUUAAUUUUGUGUUCGGGAACUUUUGGCAAACAGUGUAGAAUACUUGUUAGUCUUUUGUGUGCUGGUGUCUAGAAGUGCACUUAGUCGACUGAGGUGGUUACAAGCUUUGUUCACUGCUCUUGUUUGUGUACUGUAUAGAACAGAAAAUACUUUGGUUCUAUACAAGACAACACUGUGUAACUUACAAAGGGCUUUCAACUGUAAAGCCAAAAAUCAAUAUACUGUCCCCAAGUUUUUUUUUUUUUAAUGUCAAAGGUGUUGCGUGGGUGUGAGUCAUGAAAUCUGAGAGGUAUUUUAGAUGCAGGGAUACUAAUUAAAUAAAGAUUUUAAAAAUGAACGGUGUGGUUGCUAUAGCAAGAGUCUGGUUUCUACAAUUUGUGCCUACGAUGGUGAACAAAGGUUUACGCAAACCGCCUUAACUAUUUGGAAAAAGGCUGCAAAAUUAAUAAAGACCGUUAUUCAAAA